AAACAGGGUGGAAAAAAAGUGAAGAACAAUAAAGAGACUAAAGAGAAAAAUAAACGGAAGGCAGUAGAAGCAGCUAAAAGAAAACGAGGCAUGUGACCACUUUUAUUUACUCUCCAAGGAAGAUUUUAAAAAAAACUUCUAAAAUUCUCUCUAUAUAACUCACUCUCUGUUUUUAUUUUCCAUGCCUUUCAAAUCCCCUUGUCCCUUUCCAUAUCUUUGCGGACAUGACAAGACUUGGUCUUGGCCUUUCCUUUUUGGUUCUCUUCCAUGUUCUUCACAUGUUUGGUGCAGCAGACUCCACCAUUGCCAGACACUCAAGCGCCACAGCUUUCAUCAAAGCCUCAUGCAGGGCCACUGAUUAUCCUGCACUGUGUGUUCAAAGCCUUGCAGGCUACGCAAGUGCCAUCGGACAAAGUGAAAGACAGUUAGCUCAAACUGCUUUGACAGUGAGCCUAGCCCGGGUGCGGUCGGCUCAAUCUUAUGUGGCCAAGUUGACUAGAGUCAGGGGGAUCAAGCCCAGGGAGUACAGAGCUGUGAAAGACUGCAUAGAGAACGUGGGUGAUAGCGUCGACCGGCUUCGCCAAUCGGUUAGGGAACUUGGCCAGACCGGUAGAGCCUUUGGCCAGGACUUCAUGUGGCACAUGAGCAAUGUGGAGACUUGGGUUAGUGCUGCUCUCACUGAUGAAAGCACUUGUCUUGAUGGGUUUUCUGGUCGUUUCAUGGAUGGGAAUAUAAAGACAGCUAUAACAAGAAGGGUCAAUAAUGUUGCUCAGGUUACUAGCAAUGCAUUAGCCCUGGUUAAUCGCUUUGCUGCAAAACACAAGGCAGCCUCAGCUGCCAAGCAGCCUUAGGUUUUGAUUUUGUCUGGUUGUAUAAUGUAAAUGUGACAUGGUAUUAGUAGGGUUUGUGCCUGGUUUAGAUCUUGUCUUAGAAAGUCUUGUUCUUGUUGGUUGAUGUGUAAAAUGAACCAAUCUCUAAGGUCUAAAGUUUUGUACCAAGAUCUUCUGUCUUGUGAAAUAUAUGGACUCUGUUUUUUUUUUU